GAUGAGAGUUGAGGCAUUUUUUUUUUAUUUUGUUGUUGAUUGCAAGGGUUUAAUGUUGCAUUUCAGAAUGUGGUUUAGCCUCCCUUCCAUUAACAGGAAAAUCCCGGAGGUUUUACAAUUAUUUCUUAAAGAUAAUACAUUUAAGAUUGCAUUGGUAGGCUUAAGAAAUGUCAUAAAGGCAAGAAGGGAAGCCCUUAAUAACUCUUGAGAUUCAGACAUGUUCAGCAGUUAGAUUGGCUCUGACUUCGCCAAGGGUCGACAAUGUGUCAUUUCCAUGAAGCCAAAUUGCCCUCUGCCUAUAUGAUAUUAAUGUGCAAAUCAAUAUUUCAGGGAUUAAAUUUCCCUUCUUCAUUUUUUUAUGGUUUCUACCUCAAUAAGUCUCUAGUCUAUUAGAAGAGGCCGGAUGAUUUAAACUCUUACAUGGUAGAAUGACUUGUUGUUGCUUGUACCAUAGGCCGAUUGGAAAUUAUUAUUAUUUGAAAUUUAUUAGCAAAAAUGAUUACAUUCUGGACCAAAAGACUUAAAAUCCUUACCUUAUCUAGGAUAUAAAGUAUAUGAGAAAAUAUACUUUUGUUUAUAGAAAUAUCUCCAUUCUGUUGCUUUAAAAAAUAUUGUGUUAAUCACCUAUUGAUUUAUGGAAAAAUCUAUUGAAGCACCCUUCCUGCUAGUGAUUUGUUCAGCAACCAGUACUGGUGUGCUUAAUUUCAUUAAACAGGAUGCAUUCCUCUAUUCAUUUCCAGUGGUACGGCAGCUGCAGGCUUUCCACCCAGAAUAACAGUAAAUGGGUUAAGUAGUUAUAACUCCUAUGAAUGACCUGAUCGAUUGAUUGCUAGUGGCUGACUACAGCUAGCAAUAGCUUGCCAUGUUGAUCUUGGACUCAGAACCAUAUAUUUUUAAUGAUAGGCCUGUCUAUGUAUAUACAGCGCACAUAAAGCUCAAAAUUUUUAAAUACCCUACCGAUUCUCUGCUAAAUUCCAAAAAAUAUAAGUUGGAAAUUACAAAUAAACGGCUGAAAAUUCAGUCCUUAAUCUAAGGCUGCCACCAUCGCACAAUCCUGAAAAGGCCUACUGCCUAUCAGAUGCUUGUUUUAUAGGCUUAAACCAUCUGGGCCAGGUUCUGCACAGCUGCAUGAAUUUCAUAUGUGAUAGAACAUUUUUUUCCAUUCAGUGUGAAAUGUUCCUUCCGAAAAAUGCACUGCAGACUCGCUUAAUUUAGUCUGCUUAAAGAAAUGCCCAUGAAAAAGGACAAAAGGAGCUUUAAUCUCAGCAAGCUGUUUGUUUUUCUUUAAGAUUCUUGUCUAUUUCAGUUUAAAAUGUCCUGUGAGCUGAGGAUUUUAAGGUGUGACAUUAGAAUAAUAUAGAAUUUUUUUGCUGCUUGUUGAGUUCCCUGAGCUUAAUUUGCAGAACCUCUUUUUAUGCAUGUCAAAACACUCAGUACCUCUACUCUUAUUUAUCAUUUAUCUCAAUAGAAUGAAUCUUAACUCUGCUUUAUUGGUGGCCUAAAAUAUCUAAUUAUAUUCAAUUAACUGCUGUCACAGUAAUUAACAUUGCUUAAUUGUCUCUGCAUAUAUUCAUGCAAAAGAUCAUUAGUUACUGCUUGCUCUUUUAUUCUCUUAUCCUGUUUCUCAUUCAUGUUUUCUUGUCAAAGGAAGAGAAAAAAUCUGUUCUGGAUUGUGGGUUCUUAUUUCUGAUAAAUUGAAGAGGCUUGUUAAUAUACAUAUGCCACAAUUGUGUUUUGGGUGUGCAUCUUAGUGCAUGCUCUAUAUAGGGGUGCAGGGGAUCUUCUGUUUAUUGACAGUAAUAUAAGAGGGGAGGUUGAACUCAGUGUUUACAGAAGAGGAGCCUUUUUCUGUCUGCCUUGGGGCUGCACUCAAAGGCAUUGCUUGCUGUUUCACACCAUUCAUAAGGUUAAGGACUUGGCCAUCGUUCAAUCACAAAGUGCACAGGGAAGGUGCAUAUGAAUGUGUACAAGUUUCAUGUAAUUAGUGCUUAAUUAUAUUAACAUAUGCAAAUUGUCAACUUUAGAGGCUUGUUGAGCUGGCAAAAGAUCAGACAGGAACAGAGCAUUGUUCUGGAAUAAUAAUGGAUUUCAAGUUGGAUGGUGGCUAGAAACAUAACUAGCUAUCUAAUUUAACUCAUACCAUGGUGAAAUUGAAUUAGUAGUCACGGAGACUAUUUUAAAUUUGCUGUCUAAUGUUCUGGGUUGCAGAAUGCCCUAAAAAGAAAAAAAAAAUGCUGUUUCCCUAAUCCACCUUACAAUGACACUUGUUUGUACACGUUUCCCCUGUGUGGGAAUUUGCAUAUGCAAAUAAAUAGUUGCUGUGCUCCAUUUGUCAUGGCUGUUCAUUAUCCAUGAAGAGGACAUUGUUAUGAGGCUGUUACUGAGCCUUCCAGUACAGGAUAGUGUCAACCAGUCCAGCCACAUUCUUUCAUAAUUUGUCUCUGAUUAAUAGACCCUGAAUGAGGAUUAUUCUGUCCAGGCCCCUGCAAAGGGUAGGUUA